AACUGGGUACAUGUAUGCGGUUGUACGAACUGCUACGUUGGGAGACCUUAGCUAUGCUGAGAUGAUAAAAAAAUGCCCUUCUAAAUUUGUGAUUAUUCACUGUGGAAAGGACAUUUUCUGUACGGAAGAAAAUGAAAUCCCCUCAUUCCCUCAAAUCACUCAUUACACUGUGCCACUCAAGCUCCUCUCAGCGAUAGUACGUUCCCGGAGCGAGAGUGUAACGAUGGUGUCACGCGCUGGGAAGGAGCUUGUGUGCCACUGAGUAGCGCUGCUGUGGAGUUCGCAUAAGUCACAUGAUCAAACAUUGUCACAUGAUCACAGCCGACAGGCUUUAAAGUUAAAACAAAUGUGGGCGUUUGUUACAUCUUGAGCUAAGUAUCGUGACAAAGAUGCAUCUUUCAGAAGUGUUGCUUUUCUGUGCAUGCUGCACUGUUUUGUCAGCGACGUCAAGUCGCCCAAACAUUAUUUUCAUCCUCGCUGACGAUUACGGAUUCCAUGAUAUCGGGUAUCACAACUCGGAAAUAAAAACUCCAAACCUUGACAAGCUGGCUGCAGCCGGGGUGAAGCUAGAAAACUAUUAUGUCCAGCCAAUCUGCACCCCCACACGGAGCCAGUUCAUGUCAGGGAGGUACCAGAUUCACACUGGCUUACAACAUGGCAUCAUCUGGGCGUCCCAGCCCAACGGCCUGCCGCUGGAUAGCGCCACAGUUGCAGACAGGAUCCGAGCUGCAGGGUAUUCCACUCAUGCUGUUGGCAAAUGGCAUCUGGGUUUCUACAAGGAAGAAUACCUCCCUACCAACAGGGGAUUUGAUUCAUACUAUGGCUACCUGACAGGCAGCGAGGACUACCUCACACACAAGCGUUGCGACAACCACAAUUACAGCCUUGGGGACAUCUUUGAAGACCCCAAUACUUAUGGUAAUCUCAAGGCCGAUUUUUGUGGCCUUGACCUUCAUGAUGAUACAAAGCCUGUUUUCAAUGAGACCGGGCACUAUUCAGCACAUCUGUUCACAGAGAAGGCUAUCAAUGUGAUCGAGAAUCAUGAGGAGUCAAAACCAUUCUUCCUGUACAUGGCCUAUCAGUCUGUGCACGCCCCCCUGCAGGUUCCCAGCAAAUACUUGGACCAGUACAGUCAUAUCCAGGACAUGCAGAGACGCACUUAUGCUGGGAUGACCUCAUGUAUGGACGAGGGGAUCGGGAACAUCACUGCAGCUCUCAAGGCUACUGGCCAGCUGGAGAAUACUCUCAUUGUAUUUUCCACUGACAAUGGUGGUCAGAUCCAUGCUGGAGGGAACAACUGGCCACUGAGGGGAUGGAAGGCGUCAUUAUGGGAAGGGGGGUUCCAUGGUGUGGGCUUUGUGUAUGGUGAGAUGCUGAAGAACAAAGGAACUGUCAAUCAUGAGCUGAUCCAUGUUUCUGAUUGGUUCCCCACAUUGGUGGGUGUGGCUGGUGGGAACACCAAUGGAACAAAGCCUCUGGAUGGAUUUGACCAAUGGACAACCAUCAGUGAAGGUGAGGCCAGCCCCAGGAAGGAGCUCUUACACAACAUUGACAUCAUGGCGCAUCCCAAGGGAGAGAAGCUGUAUAACAACACCUUUGACACACGGAUCAGAGCAGCUAUACGAGUAGGAGACUGGAAGCUCAUCACUGGAAAUCCAGGAAACAGCAGCUGGAUCCCGCCUCCACAUCUCAGUAAGGAGAUGGUUGUUGACCAAGGUGAUAGCAAGAAGAACCUAUGGCUGUUCAACAUAGCAAAGGAUCCAACAGAACACAUGGAUGUGUCAGCCACAAACCAGGACAUUGUUAAGAAGAUGCUGGACCGACUAGCCUACUACCAGAGCACAGCAGUACCCCCUGUGUACCCCCCUCCUGACCCAAAGUGUGACCCCAAACUACACGGAGGGGUGUGGGGGCCAUGGGAGUAACCAUAAUUUACCACACACUCGCCUAUUGAAGAUAGGGGCAGGGCAGGUGGUUCAUGUUGUCUCUAACUUGAUUUAUGUUAACAUCCUGAUAUAAACUGUUGUUGAUUAAUUGAAAAAAACACAGCCGAAAGUAACCAAGUCCCUUGUAAGUGUAGUUAUAGCUCCUUUGAAAUGUAACUGGAUGCUUCUUGGACAUAACAUUUGAAUCAGAUCCGUAAUAUUACCUUUGAAGAUCAAUCCUUUAGAUAUGACUUGCAGCCCCUUUGGAAGAUGACUCAACUUUUUUAAAUGUAACUUGGUUGGUAGUUCAUUACUUUGAAAUUGAACUUGGGUCUACUUUGGCUGGUUGCUCGAUUCUUUGGAAUUGAAUUUUGAUCUUCUUUUAAUGGUAGCGUGAUCCUUUGGAUAUAACUAGAAUCUUGUUUGGAUGGUACCUCGAAACUUUUGAAAGUACCUUGGAUCUUCUUUGAAUGGUAGCUUGACCUUUUCGAAAGUAACGUGGAUCUUCUUUGGAUGGAAGCUUGAUCCUUUGGAAAGUAACUUGGAUCUUCUUUGGUUGGUAGCGUGAUCAUUUGAAUGAAAUUUGGAUCUUCUUUGAUUGGUAGCUCAAUCCUUAGGAAAGUAAUUCGGAUCUUCUGUGGUUGGUAGCUCAGUGCCGUGGAAAAUAAUUUGAAUCUUCUGUGGCUGGAAGCUCAGUGCCUUGGGUUAACUUGGAUCUUUGUCGUUGGGAGCUGAGUGCUUUGGAAUAUCACUUGGAUCUUCUUUUAAGGUUGGAAGCUGAAUCCUUUUGAAUAUAGUUUGGGUCUUCUUUGGUUGGAAGCUUGAUCCUUAUGAGAUAUUGAUUGUUAAUCAUUUCAUGCUGGGAGCUAUAUAUGUAAUAGUAUCAAAAGUUAAGAAUACUUAUAUACACAUACCUCUUAAAUUGUUUGUGUGCUAACCUACUUAUGCUUGUUAAUCAUGGAAUAUUUCAUGUUUUUGUAUAAGGUGAUUCACAUAUGGGCAUGCAUAUCUAUAUCACAAGAGGACUAUAUCACAAGAGGAAACUCGAGCUUGCCAGUAUUCUUAAUGAUGCUCUCACAAUGAACUAAUGGUGAUAAAUCAUACAUGUUGGUAUUCUGUAGACUGCCUCCGUGGCCGAGUGGUAAAGAAUCUGCCUGGAGAGCGGAAGAUCAGGGCUUCGAUUCACCGUCUCGUCAUCCCCAAAAAUGGUUAAAAAGAUGGUACUUUUUGUUACCCUGCCUGGUGCUCGGCAUUAAUGGGCUAAAAGAAGGACUGGUCAGCAUGGAGUCAGUAUACUGUGUCUGAGGGAUGUUAAUGUUAAACUGUGGAAUGGUAUCUCAGUGGGCAGCACUAUAAAAUUCACUUCAAUGAUUCUUCAAAACAUCAUUUAUCAGUUGCAUAGAAGACUACAUGUCGUAAGUGUCCAUGACAGACAGGUACGAUAUGUUCACAUAAUCCUGACGCUAUGGCCUAAAUGUACCUAAUUCUCAAAUCAGCCUACAUGUAAAUGUAGCCAAUGAAAGAGAUAAUAGAGCAAUUAAUAGAAUGAUGAAAGAAUAACCUUGCAUACAAGACAGUUGGCAUUUAGAUUCCAAAAUUUGAGGCAAAAAGUGUCACCAACCAACAUUUCCUUGGUGCUAGUAUCUUGUUAUGACACUGCCUGAAUGUGUCAUGACAUGGUUAAACAAUGUUUUAUUUGUGUGUUGCCCUUGCACAUUGUUAUGGUUUGCUUCUAGACAUUCCACAACCUCAGCAAUUAGACAUUCUGCCAUGAAUUUGGAAAUUGCUCUAGUCUGAUCAAUCAGGGAUUUCAAAUCAUAAGGGCUACCCCUAAUUACAACAGUGUCUCACUGCACAAGGCUCCAAAGUUCACAAGAGAUGUACAGUGACUUUUCAGGCCUCUAAUUUCUUUGUUUUUGUUAUUAUUUAUACAGUUGAUUUAAAGCAGGGCUGCUCUAGUCAUGACAUCCAAGACUGCUUGUUUUUUAACCUAUCCGUAUUUUAUGAUUUAUUACAUUGAAAACCGUCUGUUACCAUAAAGAAACAGUUUCUAUUGUCAAGAGGACCAUCUGUGGUUAGAUUGUCUGACCUCUUUACACAUUAAUUGAAUAAAUAAGCCAUGACAUAUCUAUAUUCAGGUGAAAGCAUGAAUGGAUUGUUUAGCAGCUGUUAAAAUACCUUCAGGCUAGUUGUUACUAGUAUUGAUUCAGAUGCUAUAAUAAAUUGUAUUAAUCUAUACAUGCUGAAUUUUCUUGAACAAUUGUGUCACAAUAUUUGAUAAAGUGUUUUAUUCCAGAAAUAUGAUACUUACACAGAGAUUUAUCUAGGAUUUUUAGCUAAGUGCCCCUGACAGGCAAAUUGGGAAUAAUGAGUUAUUUUUUCAAUUUUUAAAUUCAGGGGUAUUUUGAGAUUGCAUCAAAUGCAAUAACAUGAAACAGAGCAUUAAACCCAGUUCCUAGUUAUUGAAUAGUAAAUACAGGCUACUUCUACAAAGCCAUAAAAUUAAUUAUUUAAAAUAUAUAUUAAUACCUGUAACAAGAAAUCAGAAAGGUUUAGUUCCAAAUUCAGAAUUUUUCAUGACAUUUGCUGCAGAUUUGGGGCCAAAAAUCAGCCUCUGAGCACGUCUAGACAAAUCUCUGUUGCAAUACGGAAACACACUUGACUGAUAAUCUCUAUGUAUGUGAUUUAUUGAUCUGAAAUAUGCUUGCUUUAUACUGAUACACACACUUUUAUGUCAUACAUGACUUAUUGCUACAAUCAACAAACUUGAGGUUCGUGACAUAUCAUUAUGGAAUAUGUACAUGGCAGCGGGUCAGUAAUAAUAUUAAAAUGUGUAGCAUGUAAUUGUUAAGAAUCCUGAAGUUUACAUUUUAGCAGUGCUGUGAUGUGCCUUACAUGGAGUGAUAAUGCAUACACAAAGUUAUUUUAUUUACAAUGCAAACUAGUCUUCAUCCUUUUAAUGAAAUAUAUUCAAUGUACUGACAAUAAAUUUACCAAACCUGA